AUGAGUGACUCACGCACACAAUCCCCGCUCUUCCUGCCUCCAGAGCUUCUCCUCUACGUUGCGCGAUUUCUCACCACCGCCCGAGACUUCAACGCAUUCGCUCGAGUCAGCAAAGCUCAUCAUGCGAUGUUGAACAAUAAGCUGUACUACAAUGAUGCGAAAAGAGAAAGACCUUAUGCACUCUUCUGGGCCGCCAUCCACAAUCAGGUCGAGACUGCCAUCAAAGCGCUCAAGGCAAAGACCGACCCACAGACCACAGCCGACUUGUCCCGCCUGAGAGGCGCUACCCCGAUUACGCUAGCCGCGUAUCACGGUUCAUCCGAUGUUUUGAGUCUUCUCCUUGCCCGGGAAGAUGUCAAUCCCAAUAUACGCGACCGCAUGUACCUCUGCCCUGCUAUCACCUGGGCUGUGAGAAGGAACCAAAUCUCAACCCUACGCCUCUUACUGAAAGAUAAGCGUGUCGAUGUCAACCUUCAAGACAAAAAUGGAGAGACGGCGCUGAUGACUGCUGUCAUUAACCAGCCCGACUUGAUCCCCGUGCUGCUGGGCUGCGCAAGGAUCAAUCCCCGAGUAGCAGAUAGAAAUGGUCGUACUCCCCUUUCUCGAGCUGCGCAGCAGAAGAAUCCGGAUACUCCGUUGAUUCUUGCAGCUCACCUUCGUCUCAUUCUUGAUGGGUACGAUGAGCAAGACCACUGUCAGCAGGUCUUCUAUUGUGCCGCUAUCUUUGGCCAGUUCGACAUCAUGAAGCACAUGGUUUCGUUUUACGGGGACAAGUUGAACUCCAAUGGAGAUGCGAGGGGUAUUGCAGGUACUGAACACGCGGUAUUCACGGUGGCGGUUGAACGAAAUCUCCAAGACAUUGUCCAAUUCCUCCUAGAUUGGGACAAAACCGAUCCAAACCAGCAUGAUACUUGGCAGCACAAGACCCCACUGUUUCGUGCGGCGGAGGGCGGUCUCGAGAAAAAGGUCUCCAUACUGAAGGAGCAUGCCCGGGUAGAUUUAAACCUAAGCACUAUACAUGGCAUGACGCCUUUGAUGGUUGCCAUCGAAAGAGGUCGUCUGGAGAUUGUUCAAUGUCUACUUUCGGGCUCUCGUUGCCCAGAUGUUAAUCUGACGGAAAAUACUGGGGUGACGGCUUUGUGGCUUGCGGCAAUACGUGGGGAGCCGAAGAUUGUUAAGAGACUACUCGAGGUCAAGGGCAUCGAUGUGAGUUUGGCCGACUCACAAGGAGUGACACCUAAGCGUAUCGCAAUGAUGCAUAACAACGCUGAGGUGGUCAAGAUACUGGAAGAGUUUUCGGUCUAG